UCGUGGUAGACCAUAACAAGUGUUGACUACGUGGUAGACCAUAACAAACAACACCAACAGAUACUUUCAGAAAGGAGAGUUCUUCAUAGAUCUUCAUCAUUCCCUCUAGAUCUUCAUCAUCUUUCUAAUUGAUUCAAUGUCGGGAGGAAGUUCUUCAUCAUUCCCAGUGUCUACUUCUCCCACUAAGUAUGAUGUGUUUCUCAGCUUCAGAGGGGAAGACACGCGUUACAACUUCAUCAGUCACCUUUACGACGCGCUGCACAGGAACCGCAUCCAAGCAUAUAGAGAUGACAGACUACAAAGGGGCGAAGAAAUUUCGCCUGCACUCCAAACUGCAAUAGAAGAAUCAAAGAUCUAUGUCCUCGUUUUCUCCGAAAACUAUGCAUCUUCCACGUGGUGCUUGAAUGAACUGACUAAGAUACUGAACUGCAAGAAGAUAUAUGAAAGGGACGUGAUACCGGUUUUCUACAAAGUGGAUCCAUCAACUGUCAGGAAGCAAGAAGAAAGAUACAAAGCAGCAUUCGAUGAGCAUGAACAGCGGUUUAAGGACAACAUGGACAAAGUGCAAGGAUGGAAGGAUGCUCUAACAGAAGCUGCUGGAUUCUCCGGUUGGGAUUCAAACGUUAUCAGGUCAGAAAACACACUUGUUGAAGAAAUUGUGAAAGAUAUUUUGAAAAAAUUGGAUCUUUAUUCCAAUAGUUAUGAUCCUGGAAUUAUCGGCAUUGAAAAACAUAUUGAAAGAAUUCGGUUCAUGAUGCAUUUUGAGUCAACAGAUAUUCGGAUCAUAGGAAUUUGUGGCAUGGGAGGAAUAGGAAAAACUACAAUUUCUGAACAAAUAUAUCACACAUUUGCAAUGCAAUUUGUAUCCAGAAGCCUUGUUUUAGACACUCAGAAAAAAAUAGAAAGAGAUGGAAUAGACACUGUCAGAGAAAAAUAUAUGUCUGAGCUUCUAAAUCCUAGUUUAUUAUACUACAAUGAAAGACUCAAACGAAUGAGGAUUCUCAUCAUUCUUGAUGAUGUCACCGAUUCAGUUCAAGUUAAACAAUUGUUAGGAAGGCGUGAUAGUUUUGGACAAGGCAGUAGAAUCAUUUUAACCAGUAGAGACAAACAAGUGUUAAAGAAUGCUGGAGCUGAUGACAUCUACGAAGUUAAGGAGUUGAAUGAACUUGAUUCUCUAAAACUUUUUAGUUUACAUGCUUUUAAACAAAACUCUUCGCAAGAAACAAAGUACAUGGACUUGGUAGAAGAGGUGUUGGGAUAUGCAAAAGGAAUUCCAUUAGCUCUCCAAAUUUUGGGCUCAUUACUUUAUGGCAGAACAAGAGAAGCAUGGAAAAGUCAGUUACAAAAGUUAAAAAAAUGCCAAGAUCUUAAAAUUUUUAGUGUAUUAAAAUUAAGUUAUGAUGGGCUUGAUGACGAGGAGAAGAAUAUUUUUCUUGACAUCGUUUGCUUUUAUAGGGGACACGAGGAGAUUGUGGUAGUAGAAAGAUUAGACGACUGUGGUUUUUCUUCUAAGAUUGGAAUGGAGAUUCUGAAAGACAAAUGUCUAAUAUCUAUCUUUAAUGGUAGAAUUGUAAUGCACGAUCUAAUACAAGAAAUGGGUCAAGAAAUUGUUCGUCAAGAGUGUCCUCAUUAUCCUGGAAAACGCAGUCGAUUGUUCAAGGAUGAGGAAAUUCAUGAGGUUUUAAAAAAGAAAAAGGGGUCAGAUGCAAUUCAGUGUAUCUUACUAGAUUUGAAGAAUAUAAAAGAAGUUAUAGUACAUGGACAAGCUUUCCAAAAGAUGGAUAAUCUUAGGAUGCUUAUGGUCGAUAAUUUUGGUUAUGGGCGUGUAUUCGAAUCCAAAGUGUCUCUUGCAUCAUCUCUUGUAAUUUUACCAGACACUUUAAAGAUUCUUUAUUGGAACGGUUUCCCUCAAAGAUCUUUAUCACCGAACUUUUGCCCACAAAAUCUAGUGAGACUCGAAAUGCCAAACUGCCGUCUUAAACAACUUUGGGAAGAAGAUCAGAGUUUACCCAAGUUGAAAAGGCUCAACUUGAGUUAUUCUAAGAAACUUACUAGAAUACAAGACCUUUCCAUGUCACCAAAUAUUGAAGAAAUAAUUCUGAAUGGUUGUCCAAAGUUGAUUAAAGUUCACUCUUCCAUAUUCCUUAACAAGCUCACUUGUUUACGUUUAGAAUUUUGUAGAGAAUUGAGGAGUGUAAAUAUUCCCAGCAAUAUUCUAUCCAGAUCAUCAGGAUACAUUCUUCUUUCCUCGUGUCGCAAUCUUGAAAUGUUUUCAAUCAGUCAAACCCAAAUAUGUUAUUCUCCUCCAUCGUCAUCAUUAAUCGCUCCAAUAUUCCCUCAUGACAAACUGGAGCGUCAAUUGCAAACUGGACUUUCCUUAGAGGCGCACUUUGCUAGAAAUGAAAAUCUCUUGAUAUCCUAUGACAGUGAAAUUUUCUCCAUUAGUUUUGACGGAUAUUGGGAAGCAGAUGAAGAAAAACAAGUAACGGAUAUUGGAGGUUUCAUAGAUCUCUCGAAAUGUUCUUCCCUUACGAUAUUUCCAUUUGAAUUUUCUGAGAUGAAAUUCCUAAAGAAACUUUGUCUCAGUGGUUGCACAAAAUUUGAAAAUUUCCCCGAGACUCAGGACACGAUGGAAAAUUUAGCGGUAGGGCUUCAAGAACUGAGUUUGCGCAGUUGCUGGAAUCUUGAGAGUAUUCCAUCUUCCAUUGGAAGGCUCACCAGACUAUGCAAGUUAGACCUUGCCUACUGUGAAUCACUUCAAACUUUUCCAAGCACCAUUUUCAAAUUGAAGUUGAGGAAACUUGAUUUGUGUGGUUGCUUAAGGUUAAGGACCUUCCCAGAGAUCCCGGAGCCGGCACAAACUUUUUCUCACAUAAACUUAACAGAAACGGCUAUCAAAGAUCUGCCUUCCUCAUUUGACAAUUUGGUUAAUCUUCGAUCCCUGCAGCUCAACAAAUGCACGGAUCUCGAAUCACUCCCAAAUUCUAUUGUUAAUCUAAAGCAUCUCUGUAAACUUGAUUGUUCGGGAUGUGCCAAAUUAACAGAAAUCCCAACACACAUUGGUAGCCUGUCGUCAUUGAUGGAACUGUCACUGAGUGAGAGCGGAAUCGUGAACCUUCCUGAAAGCAUUGCUCAUCUUUCAAGCUUGAAAUUACUUGAUUUGAGUGACUCCAAAAAUCUUGAAUGCAUCCCACAGAUGCCCCCUUUUCUAAAACAACUGGUGGCAUUGGAUUGCCCAUCCAUUAGACAAGUGCUGUCAAAUCGAAACCGCUCAGAGUCGAAGGAGGGUGUCUUCAAAUUUCAUUUCACCAAUGCCCAACAACUGGAUUCAGGUGCUCGUGCUAACAUUGAGGAGGAUGCAAGGCUCAGGAUGACCCACGAUACAUAUAGGUCUGUGUUCUUCUGUUUUCCAGGGACUGCAGUUCCUCAUUGGUUCCCUUUUCGCAGCGAAGGAAGUUCAGUGAGUGUAAAUGAAGAUUUAAGUUUCUGCAGCGAUGACAGGCUCAUUGGUUUCGCUUUGUGUGUGGUUUUUGGAUUGUUAGAUAGCAAUGAUAGUAAUGGUAGACGUGGUUCUUUUAGUUACCGCCUAAAAUUGGAAUCUGAUGAUGAUGAUGAUAUACAUAUUAUUUCAGAUGAUGAUGUGCUAAUGAACUAUUUCAAUUGGAAUGGUAAAGAGAGAGUUGUCAAUCAAGAUCACACAUUCAUGUGGAAAUUUAACUUGGAGUCCCCAAGGAGGAGCGGCAUGAGCCUUAGGCUCUGUGAUACUCGAAGCUUCACUUUUGAUAUUAGUCGUCACUGGAAUCCUCAAGAUUACAGAGAAAUUAUGAGAGAGUUCCGAUCAGUUGUGACAAUAAAAGAAUGCGGCUUAUGCCCUCUUUAUAGAAGCGGAAGCAAUGUUGGAGAGUCUUCAAGGGAAACAAAGGAAGAUAGGAAGAGGAAAACAGAAAGCUACUUAGUGGGCUAGUCUCUUGCUCUUCUACUAAUUGGUCUUCCAUUGGUGAGUGUGGCUUAUCACCAAUACUCGAUAAUUACUUUAUAAGAGGUAUUUGUGCGUGAAUAAUCUAUUAUAUUUAAUAUAAUCAUUCUUGUUUAUAACUACUAGAUAUAUUACUAAAAAGAAUUAUUUUA